CACAAUCUUCUCCAAGCAAACUAGCAAAGUAGAAAUGUCGUUCCCUGUUUUUUUGCUGCUGAUUUUUCUCUUUAAGUCUGAUCUGUCAAAAAGUGAGGCUGAUACGAGGAGCAUUAUCAUUUCUGCUCUAGAGAAAGCAACUUUCUUCCUGACAAAUAAAUACAGGGACAUCAAUUUAGAUGCAGUAUUGGGAUUUCGUGUUUUGCAAGCUCAUUUGAAAGGAGCCCUGGAGAAAUGGGCCUCAGAACAUGAAUUACUAUCUCAGCAGGUCCGAGUUGAAAGGCUGGUGAAGAAGUUGUCUUCUCUGAUUGAAAAAUCAACUCAUUCUCUUGGGCAGAGUGACCCAGAGUAUUUCAAAGAAUUUGAGCCAAUUUUAGGACGAAAUUUUUGGAUGCUUCCUCAUUCGUGGAACCAAACAGACUCCUCACUUGCCUACUCCAUGUUUGACAGGAUCAGCUGUUUUACAGAGGAAAUGAGUGAUAAAUGCUUUACAUAUUUGCUAGGAACUUGGAAAGAUAAUGGCAAGUCCUGCGUUGUCACCAAGGCCUGUAGGAACAUCAUGACAAAGUUUGGAUGCUCAGAUUAUUCCCUGUCACAUCAGCUUUUCUACUUCAUGUUUGCAGAUAUGAAAGGCUGCUCGGAUCGUCUGUUCCUGAGGGCCCAAUAUUACAAGAAUAUUUUCUGUGCUAGCAUGAUGAAAAUAAACCUGGUGAUCGAAAGUAAUGGGUUCAGGUUUUCCUCUCGAGACCUCUUCAUGGAAAAUAUUAUGUUCUGUGGUAUGUCUGGAUUCUCUGACUUCUACAAACCUAGCUGGCUGGAGACCAUUCUCACAUGGCAGAAGCCUGAGGAGGGAUGCUUUGGGAAGCCCAAUGAGAAUUCUGAACACCCAUCCAGGGUGAAAGACCAAGAGCAACUAUUGAGAAGAGUUAAAAGAAGAGAGAAGGUGUUUGCAGAUGGAUGUUCCUCUCAUAACACAGCCGUGGCGGUCGGAGUACUGGGGGGAUUCCUCUACUACUACUAAAAAUGCCAAUAUGUUACAGAUGAUCAACUUGGAACUUCCCAUACACAAAGCGAUGAUUGGUUAGUCCUGAAGCAAUACCAGCUCCAGUUUUAGCAUGCAACAGGAGUAGUCUCUUCAGUCAAAAUCUAUCCUUGCAACACAUUGAGCAACCCCACUAUGGUAGCCAAGUUGUAAUCACGCUGCCACUGACUAGUGCUAUUUUGGCAGCACAGUGGAGAUUUUAUUGGCAGGUUUUCAAAACUGUAAUGGGCCAGUGGUUAUUACAGUAACAAGAGUUCCUAAUGUAGUCUUCCUCCCGAGCUCCCAUUACAACUGAACACACAGGGCACAAUUCUUCUCUUAUCUCUACUGACUUUGAAUGCAUCAUCUUCAACUUCAGUGGAGUUAGAGGAAUUUGUUUAUCCUGGGCAGCUCUCACCUUAUUAUCUAAGGGCCCCAAUCCUGCAAGGUGCUGAGCACCCUCAGCACCCAUUAAAUUCUAUGAUAUUGGAAUAUCUUCAUGGACAAGAUGAGAUCAGCAUUCAGGCCUAUUUUGCAGACUGGUUUGACAUGCUGCCCAUGCUCUGAAUAAGAUAUAUCACACAAUGCACAGAACAGAUCAUGUUUUUUGGAUAAGGUCAAGAAAACCACUGUGUAGACCCCACUGCUGCACAAUCUAUAAGUUACUAUUCUGUUACCCAAUGGCUGAAUCUUAAGAUUCUUUUCUUUGUUAUUUUACUAUCAUUGUAACUAAAAAUGUUCAAUAUUGUGCUACCCUUGGAAGUAAUUCCUGUAUUGUCUGCCACUGAGUACAUGGUAACAAUGAAAUUUCUGGUUUCAGAGUAGCAGCCGUGUUAGUCUGUAUCCGAAAAAGAAAAGGAGGACUUGUGGCACCUUAGAGACUAACAAAUAAAUUUUUCUUAAUAAUUUUCUUUUUAAUGAAAUUUCUGUUUCCUUGACCAGCAGAUCACAGGUAACUAUAGGUAUGGGCAACCUGGCUGGGCUGAAUGAGAUAAUAAAGUCCUGAAUGUUUGCUCAGAACUCUUACUCAAAUGGAACCUUAUUGCCUUUUUGCAGUUAGGGAAAAGUAAGAUAAAGAAACAAAUUUAUUCAGGGCAAUGCCCUGUUUCCCUCCCGAAGCACUUGCACACAAAACACACACACAACCACGGUGAGGCCUCUUCUUUUGAAAUCUGCUUUCAUUCCCACUAAUAGUAUCCUACAGUUACUUUCUUAUGUUAUUUACACUGCUUAACAAUAAGGUAAAUUGCUUCUUGCAUUUGUUUCCUUGUCUGGAUUAUAACUGUGUUGUGUCACACGGCUGAUUAAAUGAGGAUCCUGUGAGCUACCAGACUGCAACUUAGCACCACUGGUCUAUACAUACGUACCUUCAGCAUUCUGUUAAAUUACUAACAUUUUACUUGCUUUGUAGAAAUAGCAUUCUAGGUUAAUAAACAUGGAUUUGAUUUGCAG